CCCGCUAUUUUUUUCUCCUUGCUAUUUCCUCUUCCGCUUUUACAAAAAUCAAUCAACUGAUUUCGUUUGUAUUUAUCGUCAAUUCCCGUACUUUGCUUAGAAUGGUGGACGUGGGUGGUCAGCGUUCCGAAAGAAGAAAAUGGAUUCAUUGCUUUGAGAAUGUGACAUCAAUCAUAUUUUUGGUUGCGCUAUCGGAGUACGAUCAAAUUUUGUUCGAAUCAGAUAAUGAGAAUCGCAUGGAAGAAUCAAAAGCUUUAUUUAGGACUAUUAUUACGUAUCCGUGGUUCCAAAAUUCAUCAGUUAUUCUUUUCUUAAACAAGAAAGACUUGCUAGAGGAAAAAAUUAUGUAUUCGCAUUUGGUAGAUUACUUUCCCGAAUAUGAUGGACCGAAAUGUGAUCACGCUGCCGCUAAACAAUUUGUCUUAAAAAAAUAUCUGGCUGCGAAUCCUGACCCAGAACGUCAGUGCUAUUCCCAUUUCACAACAGCUACAGAUACUGAAAACAUUAAACUAGUGUUCUGCGCUGUAAAGGAUACCAUAAUGCAAAAUGCUCUAAAGGAAUUCAAUCUGGGUUAAAUGGUCAUCGUUAAUUGACGACUAACCGAAAUUGGACUAAACACGCUUCAUGUGUUGCGCAUCUAAUUAUCUACAUAAUUGCCUCUACCCAUCGCACCGUCUUGUAUUUGCUUCGCUACUUAAUACAUACGUACAUAUUACGAUUUUAACA